GUCAGAACUAGAUGCCGAAGUUCCCUGUGUUACUGCCGGACGCAAAUGUAACUGAACGCUUCCGGCUAGGAAUCAUGGCAGCGGCCGUUGGAGACUCACGUGUGAGUGCGGGGAAAAAGCUGAAAAAUUCACUAAGGAAGAAGAAGAGGAUGAAAAUGGUAGUCGCGUCUGUAGCAUCGGAGCUGGAAGAUAAGGACAAAGACGCUUCCGAUAAUGAAGGUUCUCUAGGAAGCUGUGGAUUGGAAGAAGAUGACUUUUCCUCUGGUGAUGAAGCAGUAGAAGCUGACAACGAAGAUGAAGCUGAGCCCCGCGAGGAUGACAGUGACAUCGCUGCAGGGGCUACUGCGGGGGCUAACGCGGGCUGGGCCGACGCCAUGGCUAGGGUCCUGAGCAGGAAGAUUCCUGAAAGCAAACCCGCCAUCCUGGUCAGAAACAAAGAGCUGGAAAAGGACAAAGAGAAGUUAAAGCAAGAGAGACUAGAGAAAAGAAAACAGCUUGAUAAGAAGCGGGAAUGGGAAAUGAUGUGCAGAGUAAAGCCAGAUGUUGUCAAAGACAAAGAAACGGAAAGAAAUCUUCAGAGAAUUGCUACGAGGGGUGUGGUGCAGUUAUUUAAUGCUGUUCAAAAGCAUCAAAAGAAUGUAGAUGAAAAGGUUAAAGAAGCUGGAGGCUCUAUUAGAAAACGAGCUAAGUUGAUAUCGUCGGUUUCCAAGAAGGACUUCAUCAGUGUUCUGAGAGGGAUGGACGGAAGUGCAAGUGAGAAGAAUUCUGCUGGGAAGAACUCGAAAGCCAAACAGACUGAAGCAAAAUCAGAAGAGGGCCCAGGAUGGACGAUCUUGCGUGAUGAUUUCAUGAUGGGAGCAUCCAUGAAAGACUGGGACAAAGAAAGUGAUGGACCAGACGACAGCAGACCGGGGUGUGGAAGUGACUCUGACACAUAACGCUGUAUAAGAAACGCAGUUUACAUUUUGUUUUUCCUGGAAAAAUAGUUCAUACUCUGAAGGUUGGGAAAUUAUAAAGGUUGCAUUUGCAAGAAAGCCAAAAGACUUUCAUUAUUACCAACUUUGGUGUUUUCUUUUUUCAUGUAAACUUUGUUAAAAUUAUAUUUCAAAUCUUAUAUGAUUUUAAGCAUUGUUCCUUAGAACAUUUGUAAAAAGAAAUAUUUCUCCUUGAGAGGUGCAUUUUGCUAGGUUCACUAUAGGUUUACAUAUUGCUCUUGGAUAUUGGUAUUUCAGCUGUCACCGGUGUUUGUGGAAAUGCAACAUCAAUUUAUAAUUAAAAUGAACUCCUUGAUGUUAGUGUUUUUAAGCCUCUAA